UAUCUUUUCAAUCCUCAUUUUUAUCUUUCAUUAGUAACCGAAGCGGCCCUGGACUACACACUCACAUAAACAAACUCGUUCUCCCGCCCGUUUAUAACCGAAAGCGUAUUUUCUUCUUCUUCCCUUCUCUUCUCUUCUCUUCAGCAUCCCUUGUAUCCCCACCGCUGCCAUCCAUACUAUCCCCGCCAUGUUCAUCAAGUCUGCUGCCCUUACCGUCUUGGCUCUCGCUGCCUCGGUCUCUGCCCAGACCCCCAACCACACCUACUUCACCAACCCUGUCACCGAUGGUCUCAACUACGUAGCGGGUCAGACCGCCACCUUCUCGUGGGCUUUGGCUUGCGUUUCCCCCUCGACUUACACCUCGACCACCCCCACCCAGGUCCCCGUUCAGCUCCUGAACUCGACCAACUCCAACAACGCCUUCUACCUUGCCGAUGUCACCACCAUCGACUGCACAAAGAGCCAGGGUAACACUCAGUGGAGCGUCCCCGAUAAGUUUGGCACCUCUGGUCUCUUCUCGCUCAAGAUUGUCUUUGAUGGUGGCAACGCCGCCUACUCUGGCCGGUUCACCAUCUCCUCCAAGGACGCCCCCGCUACCCCCUCUGCUACUGCUGCUCCUACUGCCACCUCCAAGCCCAGCGGUGCCAAUGUCCUUGUCCCUGUCCUCUCCGGAGCUGCCGCCAUUGCCGCCGGAGCCCUCGCUUUCCUUUAAGGAGCUCGACAAGCCUUACAUGGUGCAAGCAAGCAAGCAAAACCCGUUCUUCAUGUGAAUCUUCUGCGAGGUCGCUGUUGAACGUCUCAUUGUCACCUCUUUUUCUAAUGCCUCUUUGACAUUGUCCCCUCACUCUUCAUUAAUAUCUAUCGCUAAGCUAGCUAAGCUACUUUAUAAACUACACUACAUAUUAAAGAGCAGUUGUAAUAUAUAUCCAGCGCGUCUUCAUGAUGGUUAUGACCAUCAAUGGUCUGCCUUGUUUAUUUUUUUUCCA